GGCGUACAGAUGAGUAAAGUUUGAGAACAUCCAGUUUGACUUAAUUUAAUUAAAGAAUCUAUCGAAGUUUCAAAUUCUCGAUCUGUCCGUUUUGAUACUAAAUUACUGAUCAUUCAAAUUUCUCUCAAAAUUCGCAAAGAUAGAACGCAGUCAUGGCUCCUAGCUUGUUUAAUGGUUAGAUUAGUCAGUUUAUGAGCGGGCGGAGUUGGUCCUUGAACGGUGGGCCGAGUUGGUUAGUGGGCCGAGUUGACUGUCGGCGGAGCGUUGACAGACGGCCACCGAUGCCCCGCUGUCCAGAUAACAACAUAAUAAAUGUCUAGAUGACAACGUCAUUCUGCAGUUCAUGCAAAAUUAAACCGAUAAGUUUAAAUGAAAUUUACUUUUUCUCAUAGAUAGCGCUGAGUAAAGAAAGAUUUUGGUGAAACAUGGAUGUAAGGUUUUGUAACGUGUUUUGUUUCCAAACAAUGUAUCGUCAUCAUCAUCAUCACCAUCAUCAUUAUCGUCAUGACGAUCAUUGCACCAUCAUGAGAGUCAAGAUCGUUUCAUGAACACUAUAUCACACUUAUAUUACCAUGAUCACCAACACUUUAAACUUAUAACUAGUAUAUUGCGAAUGAACCAGAAACAUCAACUCUAUUCCUAGAACGGUUUGGAUGGUCGUAUUUUCCCAAUCAAUUUAACUGAUGAUCCAAACAAAACUGACUAUGACUGCAUUAUUUUCGUGAGUGAAAAUCUGGACUUUACAGACCCUCAACUACAGUUCUUGAAAGCACCACUCCAAGAAAGAAAGACGGUAAUCAAGAUUUAUCUUUAUUCACCAUAGUAGAACUGCUAGGAUUUGGGUUUUGUAGGUAUUAUAUUCACCCUUUGAAGGGCAUUACGCCCUGGUGCGCUCCGCCUUUUAUUAUUAUUUUAUUUAGUCGAACGCCAGACGAUUUUACUCUUCAUGGGAAAGUGCUGGAAUUCAAUGAGUUAAUAUUUGCGAAUAUUUAGGAAACGGCGUAUUAUUUUGUGAAAAUAUUAAAAUUAACAUACUUCUUGCAUUAUGUUUUUAUGGUAGAAUGAUUCUAACUUUGAGAAGGACAUUAGUUUCAUUGAUAUUGAUGGCAAUGUGCAACGCUUGGUAAGUACGGCUGCAUUAUUUCUUCAAAACUAGAACAGGAUGGGGGCAAGAAGGUUGAGCAGUCCUGCUCAUUGUGAUUGAUAUAAAAAAAAGACACGGUAAAAUGGUGAAAUUUCUUCAUCCUGUUCCCCAUUAACUGAUAAUGCACUUCAAUUUGGGGUACUCGAUUGAGUUAUAGUCCUUGACUAACCAAAAUUUUGAAAAAUGUUUUCAGACUACUUUGCUUUAAUAGGUGUACGUACCAAUAGGCCCAGUCAAUCGUGAUUACGAUGACGUCAGACGAUACUAUGAUGCCGCUUGCAAUGGAAUGAAGAGGUAAUAACACUUGGGGGCAUUUGUGGACUCAACUAGUUGAAAUCCUACAAACUUCAUUUUGUCAAGCUUUAUAUUUAUCUUUUAUUCACUAUAGGGCUAUCAAGGCUGGAUCAAAGAAACCGGUUUUGGCUUUCCCUUCUACAACUUCGUUUGAACAUACCUGGACAGUAUCGGCAUUCGGCGCCCUUCAUGCCUUGUACACAGUAUGUCUGAAAAUAAAUGAGUUUAUUUCGUUUAUUGGUCGAUUUAUGAAGCGUCACACAGCAUCAUAUUGUGAUCUGUAGUGGUUAACUACAAAAAUGCUAACACUGAAAAGAGCAAUCAAAAUUAAACGAUAUCUUACUACUAAAUACUAGACUACUACAUUUUUAUAUGUCAACUUUAAAAUUUCGAAUCUUAUCCUUUUUUUGGGGGGGGGGGGAAGGGGGGCUUAGCCCCUCUUUUAUUUUUGGGGGAGCUAUAGCCCCUAGUGUCCCCUUCCGCCGCCUAUUAUUGAAAUGAAUCGUAAUUUUCUCACUCUGAUAAGUAAGUAAGUAAGUAAGUUGGGGUGUGCUAAUCAUCCUUAUACUUGCAGCUGAGAGCGAACAUGAAUUGUGAAGGAUGCAGUUCAACCUGAUCGCGUCGAAGGCUUUCUAAGAGCCACUUUGUGGAACACGAUGGCGGAGCAUAGCCACAAUGGAAGGGGGUCAGUUAGGGGCUAAUCCCAACCCAACCUCUCAACAUUUCCUGUUGGGGGAAACCGAAGUACACGGAGAAAGCCCACAAUUUUCGUUGGAGCUUGUGCCCACGACGAGAAGCAAAUUCUCUGACGAUUGCCAUCGAUGACCGUCUGCUGCAAGAUGGUGCUUAUUGACACCUAUCCAAUAUACCUUACAGCAAUUGAGUGGUUAUUAGUUCUGCAGAUCAAAUACGAUUUUCAAUGAAUCUAUUUACAUGUAUUUUGAUGAUUUUUAUUUAGCCUAUUGAGGUGGCUGUUUCUGAUGCAACAAAAGCAUUGAAAGUUGAAUUCUUGGCAAUUUUCUAUUCGGGGACUGUCGAGGUAAUUUAAGCUGAUCACGAUAUAUAGACUAAAAAAUUACACACUGCAGUUUGAUAUAAAAAAGUUCGAUAUUUUGUUUCUAGAUCGGUGACAGACUCUUGGAAUAUGUGAAAGCAGUUGAAAUUGGCAGGUAUAUAACAACACAGAAAAUGAUUUCGGGGACUAGUCACAAAUAGAAAUCCAUUCUCAGAUUAACAUUGAUACAAGUCGCGCUUCUCCUUACAGAUGUACCUCUCUAAUACGGACACCUCUCUAUUUCGACCGCUUGCGAUAUCCCGACAUGCAUGAUGUUUUUUAAUAUAUCAUGUCGGAAUAUUGAAAAGCCCUUCAGUGUCCGUUUGUAUUUUCUAUCUCUAAAUACAAUAUAGUUUCCAAGUUUCAACUACUUUUGAAAGGGACACAUACAGAGCCUGGACUGGAGACUUUUAAUAUAAGGGUUGCAUUUUUGCGACAACCGAAACUGCUGCAAUAUAAAAAAUUUAUACGCACUAGUUAUUUAAUGUUGCAUGGUCUUUUCUUGUUGGAGUACCAAACAGAUCUAAGGUCUGCAUGUACACUCCCUCAAAAAACCAUAGUCCAUCUUUGAAUACAUGUUUGUCCUGUAGAAUGGUUUGUCGGGAUAUUGGUGCUUCUGAUCCUGAAUUCUCGUGUACCAGUGAAGUGGAAAAGUACGUGCUCAAGGUUUUGGGAAACGAUCCAACCAUCAAGGUACGUCAGAUGGAAACAUCUGUAAAGCAGUUCUGUCCGGAUUGCAUAUAAAGAUCAGGGGCACCAUAUAAAGACUGUUCACACCACUAUCGUAGUUUCAUUGAGAGCCAAACCGAGUGUUGACUUUCGUACAAACAUUUUUUUUAUACAUGCCAACAUUUUAUGCGUAUGCCAAAAUUUUCCUUGCCAUGUAUUGUUGCUCCUGCGCACGUAAUUUUGUUUUAGCAAACAAAAGGCAGCCUUGGCGUGGAAGUAUAUCUUGUACACUUGUCAAGUUUUCCUUGGCGGUUGUACACACAAAGGCAAAUUUUCCUUGUCCAAAGCUGCAGUGCUUCUUGGCAAGAAAAAAGUGUCAAUUUUUCCCCCGCAAUCAUGUACAUCCAUUUUCAAUCACGUACAUCCAGUUUCUCCGGUUAAACGAGAAUAAGGGUUGAUGAGAGUUGCCAGUCACAUAUUGUUACAGGGGACAUUUCAAGCUGUAGAUUAACAAAAUAAAGGUUUGACGAGUGUUCCAACUAUGUUUAAACUUAAAUAAAAUACAUGAUAGACUGAUAGUGUUGGGAAAGCAUUAUAGAACAGCUGACCAAGCUCGCCUGACUGCCAACUCUCAUCAGUCCUGGUUUAAUCUGGGCUUAACUCAACGUAUGUAGAAGACAGGGGUCUUCCUCUACUCUCUAGAUUUUUUCCUUCAAUUUUCCGUCAUAGCUGGCCUUUUCCAAGCUGACUAUCUCACUUUCUCUUACCCAUCUUGUUUAUUUAACUCUAUAUAGUUUAAUAUUUAGACUCUAGAGCUACAACUGUAGUUCCUUACAUCCUAUAGAUAACUGUAACGAAGGGCACUGACGUUCUUAAACAAAACUAUCCUUUACUGGCCGCCGUGGACCGUGCUGCUUCUGGUAUGUAAACUGCAAUUGUUAGGCAUUUUGUGACUCGAUAGAAUGUGUAGCAUGAUUUCCUAUUCAAAUGACGUUCCUCCUCGAGUACAUAAUGUCUAGUGGUUCCCUGAAUUUUUGGGCCCGGGACUGAAUGACACUUACACUCUUCAGACCUACUUUCUUUUCUCAAAUACUAGGGCACCGAUACAUCUACUGAUAGAUGUCGCCUCUGACAUGUGAUUGGAGUUAUUGCCAAUGAUGCAUGUGUGGUAGAUUUUUGUUCAUUAAACGUAUAAUAACGUAUACGCAAAAAUAUUUCUUUUCUUCAGUCACUGAACGUCACCAAGGGCGAGUUAUUAACUUUGACUACAUUCCACUGGAAAAAGCGGCAAUUCUGAAUACUGUGAUGUUAGUCGGAAAGGUACGAUGUAAAUAACAUCCGUAUCAAAUCCAUUGAAUUCAAAACAUGUCAUAGUAAAGUUACAUGCAUCUACUCCCGUUCUGUGGCAGACAAUACCGUAUAACUCAGUCCAAUGGUGCUUAAUGCAAUGUUUAAUGAUUCCCCAAGGGCGUGGCGUUCGAUACUGGUGGAGCUGAUAUAAAAACUGGUGGAAAUAUGCGUGGCAUGAACAGGUAGAAAGAUAGUUUUUAUCUCUAGUAGGGAUUUUGAUAUUGUUCUGCAUCAUGUUGGCUAUAUUAUUUGUAACAAAUCCUAUCAUGCAGUCUGCAUGCAUGAUAGGAUUUGUUGCGAAUAAUAUAGCCAUCAACCAAAGUAUAAUAGACCACUUUCAUAAUACAGAUGGUUUGAAUAAUUUUUAUUUUUUAUGUGCAUCUUUGUAAGCCUUUUUGGCCUCAUUUCUGUGCAUGAAAUUGAAUAGAAUUUUAGAAUCUAAACAAGACCAAGAAGGGUUUAUUGAGAUGCACAUGCAUGAGAAUAUUUAAACCAUUCUGUAUUAUGAAAGUGUCCAUAUAUAUAUAUGUUGGUAUUAAAGCAGAGUGUCCUUCAUUUCUUUUAGGGACAAGUCUGGUGCGGCUGCUGUUGCGGGAUUCUUUAAGGUUUGUUACAUACCCGGUUCUUUAUUGAUUUUAUUUUCUUGAGAUAAAGUUAUAGAUUUUGAUAGAUUCCUGCACAUACUUUACUAACCAUGGUAAAAUAAACAUUCUUCUAAGGUCUCUAAUUCAUGCUUGUUUCUAGAUUCUAUCCAUUCUUAGACCUGCGGGUAUUCGUGUUCGUGGAACAAUGGCAAUGGUCCGAAACGGCGUUGGACCCGGUAAGUUUCAGUGUGUUAUUUUGUGAAAUCAGUAAUAAUUCAUGAGAAAACAAACGAAAUCAUGAGCGUGAAGGAGUUUGUAUAUCUGAUUCAGAGUUAUAUAUGCUGAUUUACACAUUAAACUUUAAGUUCAAUUAUCUCACCAAAUAUCAUUCAUUUAUUUUAAAUUGUUGAAGAAUACGACUCUGUUCUCGUCAAGACGUUUCACAAGCCAUUGGUCGAUUUGAUAAAUUUUCUCCUAAAAAGGAGACCGUAAUGGUGAAUGUCUUUUUCUAGAAAUGUACGUUCCGGAUGAGAUUAUCAAAGCUGCCUCUGGUGUAAGAAUCCGAGUGAACAACACGGAUGCCGAGGGAAGAUUUGCGAUGGGUGACUGUCUUUAUCACAUGAAAGAAGAAGUAAGGAAUAUAGUGAUUUCAAAAACAAAAAUGUGUGUUGUAGGACUCAGUAACUAUCUUACUUUUUAUAAUAUAGGCCAUUGGACAACCUAACCCUCACAUUUACACUUUUGCUACUCUUACUGGCCACUGCAUCAGAACCUAUGGUCCUCAUUAUUCUGUAAGUCGAAUAUAAUUUUGAUGGUGUUCAAAUCUUUGUUAGGGAGAAUGGCCUACCGGCUGCCUGGAACCGAGCCUAAUCUUUGUCAUUCUGACAGCUAAGAGCCUUGAACUAGUAGAAUUGUCUUCUUUUCCAGGAAGAGGUUAUUUCGCUGGCCUCGGAGUGACAAAGCAACGGUUUUACAAACCCUAUUCCAAAUACUAACUCUAACCUUAACCUAACCCUACUCCAAGUUUGUUUCUAAACCAAUCUUAAAAAAGAACUUUUGACGAAAUGUCAUUCUGAGUUCAGCUAACUAACCUUUCGCUCUUUUCCAGGGCAAUAGGCCGAGAGACCCUGGGAACGAAGGUAGUUUCCUGUCAUUAAUAUUUUAAUUUGUUUGAUUGGUAAUAGUGUAUUUAACUUAUGUUUCUAGGGUAUCAUGGAAAAUGGACCUGCCAAGAAGCUGAAUAUUUGUCAGUUUUUUCAAGCAGGUGGGUUUACUAUGCUAACCACUGUCUCAUGAUAACGUUUCUGGAACCGGUGAGAAAAUUAAGAUUGAAAAGUGGCGCACCCUUGACCUAUUCUUCAGUUUUGCUAAUUUCCUAUAUUGAGAAAUUGUGCAAAGUUAGAAAAUCGAUUACUACUUGUAGUCAUAUUGUAACACGUUCUUUUUUUAGCUGGAGAUUCAACUGCUGAGCCUUGUGAAAUUUCCACAUUGCGUCGUGAGGUAAACUAAACAAUAUUUACAGUAUUCACAUUAAUCUAGGAUCGUGUUCGUUAUGAUAUAUGAUAGAUCGUAUUCGUUAUGAUAUAUUCAUUUCAUCAAAACGUUUCGCUGUCUUAGUAUUGCGUGUUUUCCGUUGUAAACGUCUAUUUUGAUUAUUUUUAAGAUUUUGUUCUACAGUAUACUGCUUGGUAUUAUUAAAAGUCCGGUGUAUUACAACAUUUAGAAAUUAUGCACGUGCAGUUUUAGCGGCUACUGCAAAAUCAAUUUGACGUGGCGAAGUACAAAGUACGGCAAUAUUUUUUCACACAGGACUUUGAUGCAAGUGUAUCUAAAACCGAAUACGACGAUUUCUACCAAUCAAACAAAGUGAGCGGAGAUCGAGGACACCAGUAUGCUGCUGUGUUCUUGCAACGUGCUUCUGGUUUGGACAAGGUAAUUUGUAAUCUCUCACUUAGAUCCUUUUAUUUCAAGGUAUCUUGAUAUCCUAUUUCAGUGAAAUUAUCCAUUAUAUAUUCUUCCAUUCUUAUGGUGUAAUUUUUUCCAUACUACACGACGUGGAAUCUAUAGUCAGAUUAACCAGGGCGCUGGAUUAACGUAGGAUGAUGAGAAUCAUGCAUGGUAUAUGGUGUCUGGUUAUUUUCACGUUAUAGGACAACAUCUUAGCUUUAGGUCUAGCCCGCGUCCACGUUCUAACCCUUGGGGCCUCAUUCUAACCAAAAUCUCAAAAAUUCGACCACCACUCUGCACCAACCUACGUUUUAGAUUCUGAGAUUACAUGAAUGUAGUAACGGACUAUUCAUUUCAAUAAUCUCCACUCUUCAGCAAUCGAGCUUUACCCACAAAUUAUUUUUUUUUGUGGUUCUUCAUAGAUUGUGGUUCUUCAUAGAUUGAGGUAGGUUAAACCACAUUCAUGAAUAACUAUAACCUAACUCGUGUUUAUCAUUCGCAGCAUGGCUUGGACUCUGCCACGCAGUUACCAUAUGUGCACAUUGAUAUUGCUGGUUCCAUUGGCCUCUACCCAGAUAUGCCUACUGCUGUACCACUCCUUGGCUUGUCUGCUUUGUAUCUCAGAGAUCGUGUCAUUGGCAAACAAAGAGAACACCACAAGAACAUCAAUGUCAAAAGAAUAAAUAAAAAAUAAUUGAAGUAAUCAUGAACUAAUUUGAACUCCCUACGCUAGUUAACACUGUCAAAUUUCUCUUGGUUUUGAGUUUGAUGGGGGAAACUAGUGAUAUCGAAAAUCUUAGUAUGUAACGUCUAUGUGAUUGUAUUGAUUGUCAAGUAAAUGAAAGUUGCAAUUUUGAUUUUAUUCUUCUAUGACUGUGUAACUUUUUAAAAAGUUAGUACUUAUUAGUUACGUACUUGCAUUUUCAUCUGUGCAAAUAAUAUUAUUGCACUGAUGAAGAUCCAGGCAUAUUUUAAGAAGUAUGAUGUACAAGCAGUUUACAACUACAUCUUAUUUAAACAACCGCGGUCUAGACGCACACGUUAACCAACCGCGGUUUGACGCACGCUGCAUGUUAAUUAACCAACCGCGGUUUGACGCACAAUGCACGUUAACCAACCGUGGUUUGACGCAAAAUGCAUGUUAACCAACUGCGGUUUAGAGGCACAAUAUACGUUAACCAACCGCGGUUUAGACGCACAAUGCACGUUAACCAACCGCGGUUUGACGCACGCUAUACAUGUUAAGCAACCGCGGUCUAGACGUACACUGCACGUUAACCAACCGCGGCCAGCCUUUGCAAACUUUGCAGUAGUUGUCAAUCCUCUUCAUUGCUACUGAUCAACACAUCUUGAUGGCAUAGCGGACACGAGGACUGUAUAUAUAGCCAUUUUCGCAGACAAUUCGAGUGAAAGUAAUGUCCACAUUGUGUGAUCUUUGCGCUCGACAUGGAGUCGAAACAAAUCGCGCAGAGGUCUUGCAGAUCUUUAAGCUGGUCUUGAGUGGCGUCAGCAAGACGGUUUAGUUUUGUUACAGCUGUACGUCGGCUUAGGAAGACCUUCCAACCGUUUCUGGCCGUCAGCCAUACGUUGUAAUAGGUAUGAAUCACUAUUACCACAAGACC